CGGACGCGCAGAAACCAGCGCCUGCGCGUGCGCUUUGUGCAGGCAGCGGCCCACGGCUUGUCACCGAGCCUGGCGACUGCAAGGCGGCGGGGGUCCCAGGGCUGCUGGGGCCGAGUCUAUAGCGUGAGGCGUCCUUGAGCUGAGAGGACCAUGAACCGCAGUCGGCAGGUGACGUGCGUGGCCUGGGUCCGCUGCGGCGUGGCCAAAGAAACACCAGACAAGGUAGAACUUAGUAAAGAAGAAGUAAAACGUCUCAUUGCUGAAGCCAAGGAAAAAUUACAAGAAGAAGGUGGCAGUGAUGAAGAGGAGACAGGCGAUCCUUCAGAAGAUGGCAUGCAGAGCGCACGUACCCAGGCACGACCAAGAGAGCCCCUGGAAGAUGGUGACCCAGAGGAUGACAGGACGCUGGAUGAUGAUGAGCUGGCUGAGUACGACUUAGAUAAAUAUGAUGAGGAAGGCGACCCAGAUACUGAAACUCUUGGUGAAUCUCUCUUGGGUCUUACAGUCUAUGGAAGUAAUGAUCAAGAUCCUUAUGUUACUCUGAAAGAUACGGAGCAAUAUGAACGUGAAGAUUUCUUGAUCAAGCCCAGUGACAAUCUUAUAGUUUGUGGCAGAGCUGAACAAGACCAGUGCAAUUUAGAGGUGCACGGUAAGUGGGGGACAGCCCUUAGGGAAAGGUUCUCUAAGAUGAAAGUAAUCACUAUAAUAGUUACUAUGUGCAUUUUCAGGCACCAGAUCCUGCUGGAUCUCAUUUAAGUUAAUGAUACACAGUCUGUAGAUAUGCUGGUCAUUGUGCCUGGGUAUGUAUGGUCUGGUAUGUCACUCGGACCUGACUUUUAUUUAUGGAAAUAGGUCUCCUGGAAGG